AUGACCAUCUGGGACACAUUAACCGGGCGCAAGUCCUCAACGCAGACAGCGACGCCUGCAUCGGAACCACACGAUAACUUCUCACCCGCGCCGUUCGACCCGUCUACAGCCAUACAACAACCCUCAGAUUUCAUCCUCGACCCCACACAACUACACCCGCUCGCCGGCCUGAACCAGGAUACGCUCGACUACCUGCAGCUCGAGGACUCAGUCCUCUCUGAUCUCCCCGGCUCACAAUCUGCACUCCCUUCCCGAGGCUGGUCCGAUGAUCUAUGCUACGGAACCGGCAUAUCCUACCUCUCCGCUCUGACAGUGGGCGGCGCAUGGGGCUUGGCCGAGGGUUUGCAGAAGAACCCCUCGUCGAUGCCGGCGCGGUUACGGCUCAACGGUGUGCUCAACGCAGUUACGCGAAGGGGACCAUUCCUGGGUAACUCGGCGGGUGUAGUGGCCAUGGUGUAUAAUGGUAUCAACAGCACUAUUGGAUACUACCGGGGAAAGCAUGACACGACGAACAGCGUUGUGGCAGGAGCUUUGAGCGGCGCGAUUUUUAAGAGCACACGGGGCGUGAGGCCAAUGGCCAUUAGUUCGGGUAUCGUUGCCAGUGUUGCGGGAUCGUGGGCGCUCUUCCGCAAGGUGUACUUCGAGAGCGAAUAA